CUAUUCCAAUAGAACAUUUGAGAGAGAGAGAGAAAAAAGACAUAAUAAAACCUAUGUCAAGACUCAAGUCAAGUGCUUUUCCGACGUAGAAAGCAGAGUUAAAAGCUAUAAAACCACUCCCUUCUGCUUCUGCUUCUACUUCUACUUCUUUGUUACCCACCCACCCCUUCUUUCUAACUCUCUCUGUGUGUUGAAGAUGUGAAAGUGCUUUUGCUUUCUGUUGGAAUUUCGGAGGAACUUUAAUUUCAAGGUUUCUUCGAGAUUUCUUCGCCUACAGAAAUCAAGUAACUGCAACUUCAUCAUCUCAAUUCUCUCUAACUGCAAUGAAGUAGAAGUAGUGACUCAAUGAGCAGGUCUACGAACAAAGGAUUGGCUUUGUGACUCUGUCGUUCUGGAUGGUUGUGCGAGCUAAAUCCUCAACAAGUAGAUCUUCUCUGUAAGCAAGGAAUUAACUCCUCUGUGACACAGGAAGGCAGAGGCAUCAAUCUGGUUGAUUAAAGUCUGAUUUAAAUGGCUAGUGCUUGUUGGCCCUACUUCGAUCCCGAGUAUGAAAACAUGAGCAUCAGAAUUAAUCCUCCAAGGGUGUCUGUUGAUAAUUGUAGUUGCCGUGAGUGUACUCUAGUCAAGGUUGACAGUGUGAACAAACCUGGAAUAUUACUGGAAGUUGUGCAAAUUCUAUCAGAUCUUGACCUUAUUAUCACAAAGGCUUACAUUUCCUCUGAUGGCGGAUGGUUCAUGGAUGUAUUCCAUGUCAAUGAUCAACAGGGGAAAAAGAUUACAGAUAGCAAAACGAUUGACUACAUAGAGAAGGCUCUAGGACCAAAGGCCUACAUCAAAGAUGGAGUCAAGUCUUGGCCAAGCAAACAGGUUGGUGUGCACUCCGUUGGCGAUCAUACAGCCAUUGAACUCAUUGGCAGGGACCGCCCAGGUCUCUUAUCCGAGAUAUCUGCUGUCCUUACCAACCUCCGGUUCAAUGUGGCGGCUGCUGAAGUUUGGACGCACAACAGGCGAAUAGCAUGCGUUGUCUAUGUCAAUGAUGAUACCACAUGCCGUGCUGUGGAUGAUCCCACCAGAUUAUCAACUAUGGAGGAGCAGCUCAAGAACAUCUUACGUGGGUGUGAGGAUGAUGACAAAGUGGGUAGAACCAGUUUCUCCAUGGGGUUCACCCAUGUUGAUAGACGACUUCACCAAAUGUUUUUCGCUGAUAGAGAUUAUGAAAGCGGUGGAGUAACAACCGAGGCUGAUCAUCCUUCCUCCUUCAAACCGAAGAUCACAGUUGAGGGCUGUGAGGACAAAGGUUACUCGGUGGUUAAUGUCCAGUGCAAGGAUCGGGCCAAGUUGAUGUUUGACAUUGUGUGUACAUUGACAGAUAUGCAAUAUGUUGUUUUUCAUGCCACCAUUUCAUCUGACGCCCCCUAUGCAUCACAGGAGUAUUAUAUUCGUCACAUGGACGGCUGCAUACUCGAUACUGAAGGAGAGAAAGAAAGGGUCAUCAAAUGCUUAGAAGCUGCAAUUCUGAGGAGAGUAAGCGAGGGUCUUAGUCUAGAGCUGUGUGCAAAAGACAGAGUAGGAUUGCUAUCCGAAGUAACAAGAAUUCUGCGAGAGAACGGAUUAUCUGUUUCAAGAGCAGGUGUAACAACAAUAGGAGAGCAAGCGAUGAACGUGUUUUACGUGAGGGAUGCUUCAGGGAAUCCUGUAGACAUGAAGACGAUUGAAUCGCUUCGUAAAGAAAUUGGACAUACAAUGAUGCUUAAUGUGAAGAAGAAUCCUGUAAAUGCCAAUAAGGAAACUCAAGAUCAGGCAAGCACUGGAUGGGCCAAAACAGGCUUCUUCUUUGGAAACCUGUUCGAGAAGUUAUUGGCUUGAGAAUUUCAUAUAUAACUAUGUCCAUAUAACUGUAACAGACACAAUGAAAGUUGUAAUGAAUAAUAAAAACUGUUUAGUGAAAGAAAAAAUGGACAGGCUUGUAAUGGUAGAAUUUCCCCUUGAAAUUGUAUGCCUUGUUGAAGACAUGCAUUGAUGAAUGCAAACUCUCAAGUUUAAACUUU